AUGUCAGAGCCAAUAAAAAAUAUAGUUCUGGUAGGCCGUACUGGUAAUGGAAAAAGCAGCACCGGGAACACCCUCAUCGGUGAUAAACUGUUCAAAACCAAAAAUCAGGCAGUAGGUGUUACCAUGAAAUGUCAAAUGCAUAGAGUUGCGGUACAAGAUGGCCCGAUAAUCAAUGUCAUUGACACUCCUGGUUUGUUCGACUCGGCUGUGUUCGAAGACUUAAGUAAGGAAAUAAUCAAUUGCUUAACUAUGGCGGAAGAAGGAAUACAUGCUGUGUUGCUUGUUCUGUCUGUGAGGGCUCGAGUUUCACAGGAGGAAGAGUCUACACUUAAUACCUUGCAGUGCAUAUUCGACAGCAAAAUUCUUGACUAUUUCAUUGUUGUGUUCACUGGCGGUGACGAUCUUGAAGAGCAGAACGAGACGUUAGUCGAUUAUUUUGGUGCCGGUUGCCCUGAAUAUUUGACGGUUUGUUCGCUUUGA